UUGAGAACAGUUUAUUGGGCUGCCUGCGUUGACGGUUUCAAGUCGAUGAGCCGAGAGGAGCCUGGUGGUGACUUCUCCCAGUGACGCCUGGUAGAAACUGAGGUCGUCCAUUCUUCAUACGUUAUUAUAAAUCGGGGUAAACCGAAACUUAACUGUUCUUUCUCAUCCGUUACACUAGCGAUUUCUGUCAGUCUUACACUGCACUGGUAGUAUUAUUGAAAGUCCUAAAAGAUCGAGGUCAAUAUAGUAUUUGAGGAAAAUGGAUUCUGACGUUAUACAAUACAAGUGUUUGUCAGGAAGGACGCUUUUUAUCUACAACAAGAAGACAGGAGAACUCAUAUGGCCAACUAAUAUUCAGGAUUCAACAGGACAAGGUAGUGUAAUAAGUACCAUGUUGGGUGAGCCAGUCCUUUGCAAAGAAUAUUGUACAACUGGAACACAGACAGAUGAUACUGGCUGUGAUAAGGGUUGUACUUCCAUGUACAUUAAUGUAAGCAGUACUGAAAGUAGCAAAGAAAUACCAACGCAACAAAAGCCAGAUGUUGUAGAAAAAGUUAAAGAUCACUCAGAUGUGGAAUUUGCCUCACACGAGGAUCAUGGGUCUGAAGAUGAAGAAAGGGAAGAGCCUGAAAGAAGAGACAUCGGUGAAAUGGUGACCCUAAACAUUGUUGGGGAAAGUGACUGUAACAACUCCGAUUUAGACAAUGUUGAAACAACAGAUAACUUUGCACAAGGAAAAACAAAUGGUUUUAAAUGUGGACAAUGUAAGGAGACAUUUAUAUGCAAAUCUCAUUUGCAAAAUCACCUUAAAGUGCAUUCUGAAGAAAGACUCUUUGAAUGCUCUUAUUGCCAACGGAAAUUUAGAGGUAAAAAAACAUUGAAAGGUCAUCUCAGAACUCACACUGGUGAAAAGACAUUUGAAUGCUCUCAUUGUCAGAAGAAAUUUAGGCGCAAGGAGACUCUGAAAGAUCAUCUAAGAACUCACACUGGUGAAAAACCCUUUGAAUGUUCUUACUGCAAAAACAAGUUUAGACACAAGAAAACAUUGAAUGAACACUUGAGAACCCACACUGGAGAGAAGCCCUUUGAAUGCUCUUAUUGCAAAAUAAUAUUUAGACAUUUGAAGACUUUGAAGGAUCACAUAAGAACACACACUGGAGAGAAGCCCUUUGAAUGUUCUCAUUGCAAAAAGAAAUUUGCACAAAAUAAAUAUUUGAAAGUCCAUUUAAAAAUCCACACCAGGUUGCCAAAUAAUCGUUUCCAAGCGAAAAUGGAGACCAACUGGAUACAAUACAAAUGUAGAUCAGGGCAGACUUUGUUAGUUUAUAACAAGAAGACAGGACAGUUUAAGUGGCCUUCCGAUAAAAGUUUAUCAGGAGAAAAUAGUACAACUGUCAUGUUGGGUGAGCCAGUUUUCACCAAAGAACUGUGUACUACUGCAACACAGACUGAUGAUGUUGGCUGUAUUAAUGGCUGUACAUCCAUGUACAUCAGUACAAGUCAUUUAAGUGCUGACAUGGGUCUAGUGACAAGAAGUCACAUGGAAAAUGGAAACAGAUUCAACAAAGAUAGUGUUGAAGCAACAAGACACAUUCAAACCUUCCACAAUUAUACUAUUCCAACACAAACAGAUGAUAAGGCAAUAUCUGAAUCUAUUUUAUACAACAAAGAAACAUCACAAGAGAUGCCAGAUGUUGUAGAUGAAGUUGCAAAUACACUAGAUAUUGAAUCAGGUAUUGAUAACGGAAGGAUAAAUGCGAUAACUAUAGACAUGGAUAAAAUGAUAAACUGUUAUGAGGAAAGUGAUGGAAAAAUCUUUAACAAUGAUGUUGAUAAUAAUGUAACAUCAAUUCAAUCUUGUCAAGAACAGUUACAAGACCAAAGCGUAAAACAUUUUAAGUGUGAUAGAUGUGGUGUAACCUUCAUAUCCAAUUCCCUUUUGGAAGAUCAUAUUGCAAGGAUGCAUCCUAAAGAGAAGUCCUUUGAAUGCUCUUAUUGCAAAAAGAAACUUCGAUCCAAGAAAAAUUUAAAGAAACAUCUAAGAAUCUUCCACCUCACUGUUCCAACACAAACAGGAGAAAAUCCUGGAUAUACUUCCAGCGAUUACAGCCAACACAAUAUUGAAACAAUAACACACUAUGCAUUAAAACAGUUGCAGGAACAUGGAGUGAAACGUUUUAAGUGUAGCCAUUGUGAGGAUGCGUUCAUAUGCAAUUCUCUGUUGGAAAAUCAUGUUGCGAGGAUGCAUUCUAAAGAGAAGCCCUUUGAAUGCCCUAAUUGCAAACACAAAUUUGUGUCCAAGAAAAAUUUAAAAAAACAUGUGAAAAGCUUUCACCACACUACUCCAACACAAGUAGAAGAGAAUUUGCUUGAAUGUUCUUAUUGUAAAAAGAAAUUGAAAACAAAGAAAUAUUUAGAAGAUCACAUCAGAACACACACAGGAGAGAAGCCAUUUGAAUGUACGUAUUGCCAAAAGAAAUUCGCACGUGAUCAUGUUUUGAAAGAUCAUUUAAGAAUUCACACUGGAGAGAAGCCAUUUGAGUGUUUUCUUUGCAAAAAGAAAUAUAGGCACAAGAUUACUUUGAAAGAUCACCUGAAAACAACACACUCUGGAGAGAGGCCCUUUGAAUGUUCUUAUUGCAAGAAGAAAUUUGCUUUAAAGAAAUUUUUGAAUGUUCACAUAAAACAACAUGUUAGAAAAAGUGUACAAGAAGCUGACAAGAAAAUAUGAUCAACAGUACAUUAUAAUCAUAAAACAUGCUGGAUAGUCAACCCUUUAAAAGCUCUUCAUGUAAAAAAAAAAAUAAAUAAACAGGAAAAGCAUUUUCAUUUUGUUUGAAUUGUUCUUAUUUGCCAGUGGCAAAAUACAUUGAAGAUAUUGUCAUGGCUAAUGAAGAAUACUUGUUUUAAAAGUUUAAAGUUUACUACUUUAUAGAAAAAGAACUAAAAGAAAUCAGAAAUGAAGAUCCAAGCUUCUUUGUAAUGAAUAUGCAAGAGCUAUGCCAGCUCCUGAUGUGGAAAUCCUCUUUUCUGUAGUUCAGAAAGCAUAGUGAUCAUC